UGAGUCCGUUUAAGAUUAAAACAUAUACGUCCUCGAAGGAACUGCGAUAAAGUGUUAAUUCACCGAAGACCUAAACUGUAGGGAUAUACAAAUGUAUUGCAUACUCGUAUUUUGAUCUCCUUUUAGUUUUACUCAUAGAAGUGUGCAAAAAGGAAGACCCGUCAAUGUAAGCCUCACCGCAAAUAGGAUGGUGUCACCGCGCUUAUAACGUACAUUGAAGUUAUUACUCUACUGUAAUUGAUGUUUCAUUUGACCUGGCUCUGUCAUCUCCUUUACGUAUUGUUUGGAUGGAUGCAUUACGAGCCAGCUUUUCUGCGACCGAGUUAUUAUAUCAUUUCCCUUUUCGGAGUACUAGGAUUCCGGACGGCAGGAGUAAUUGAUCCGAGUAGCUUGACGUUUUGACAUGAUCGAUUCUCUCCCAGACGGGUGUACCUGGUGGAUUUCACAUUAUGUAAUAUAACGACCGAGGAAGACGAUUAUUGAACAAAGUGAUUUGAUGUGAAGUAUAGCAGGUGUAUUUAUUUCGUCGAGAUUUUCCACCAGAUACGGGCAUAUAGACAUUGAUUCCAACUUUACACUAGAAUCAUUGCUCCAGAAUAUCGGAGACGGGUUUAUCAAACAACAGUGUUUCGCUAAUCUGGUGGUUCAUCAGCCGGUUGUAUACAAGUAUUUUACGAUUGAAUAUCAAACUUUGAAUAUUGCUGCUGGAAAUAGGAGCGUGUAUAUAGGUUUUAGGACCAAAUCACAUGCUUUUGAAUUAAUGGGCUAUUUAUACCUGAUACACUGACGGUGUAAUCUACGUGUGGUUCAUGCUGUGAUAAAUUUGACACGUCUUUUCCCUCCUUGUUAGGAUAAUGAAUACAUUAUUGUCUUUGAUGAUAUAUUCAGUUAUCUAAACGUCGCUUGCAGUUUGUGAUGGGAAUAUCAAAAUAACCACUCAAUACCGUCUAUUGAUUAACGGAAAGUGUUGCUAGAUUCUGAACGCUUGAGCACAGCUUCAUUAUCCAUUUAAGUAUCCGUUAAAAGCUUUGAGUUAGCACCAUGGAUUAUACGAUAGAGACGGGAGAAGAACAGAUCGAAAUGAAUCACAUUUGUAGUUGAAUCCGGUACAGAACUGUUGAAUAUCCUUAUUCAUUAUUACUGGAUCUGGGACUUUCAUGUCGAUGGUAUCAAUUUGUUUUAACAAUUUGACAGUGGGUGUAUCUCCAUUUGGAGGACGAUAUGUUCAAAACGCAAUGACCCUACAGGAUUCAUAGUACAGUGUUUUGGAAGAGUCUUAAUUUGUCAAUACAGUAUAUUGUAAAUAAGAACAAUGAUGUUCACUCGCGCGGAUAUAGCACACAAAUACGACGACGUGUUGUAUACACUGCUGACUUAGCCUGUGAAUGAUACUCGCUGGACUGUAAACAGUGUAAAUCACCACAACGGACUAGAUAAAGAAGACAAUAUUUUGGAACCUAUAUAAUUAGCUCAUCAUGGAAUAUACUGCCGAAAUCAUACGGCCACAGCAUGCUGCAGGUCAUGGAGAAGUUUGAGAGAGAAUUUACAGAUAGUUAUAUUCCAUUUGACAAAAAGAAGAAAGUCGGAAAUUACAUCCUCGGACGAACAAUUGGAGAAGGUUCAUUUGCAAAGGUUCGCCAGGGCUUUCACGUGCUUGCCAGAGAAAAGGUAGCGGUAAAGGUGGUAUCAAAGAAGGCCAUUCUACUCAGAGAUUAUGUACGGAAAAACGUGCACAGAGAGGCGGUGGUGCUACAGAAACUCCAGCACCCUAACAUCGUUCGUCUGUUUGAGGUGAUGGAAACAGAGAAUACGUACUAUAUAGUGCUGGAUUAUGCUGACGGCGGAGACUUCAUGAAAUAUUUAUCCGGAAAGAAAUUUUUGACAGAAUUCGAGAGUAGACGGUUCCUCCGACAAUUGACAUCGGCGGUAGACCAUAUGCAUAGAUCGAAUAUCGUUCAUCGUGAUUUGAAACUUGAAAACUUCCUACUUGACAAAGAUUUGAAUAUCAAAAUAAUUGAUUUCGGACUCAGUAAUAUGUUCAUUGGUGAGACAUCACUAAGUACCCAGUGUGGAUCGCCAGCAUAUGCCGCCCCCGAAAUAUUCAGUAACCAGAAGUACGGUUCCAGCGUCGAUAUCUGGAGUCUUGGAGUGUGUAUGCAUGCAAUGUUGAUCGGCACACUGCCAUUCGUACCACAACCAGCUAACAACCUCGCUCAACUCCACGCAUUAAUCCUGAAAGGGUGUUCCAUCCCAGAAGAACUCUCUGUAGAAUGCAAAGACCUCUUAAAACGCAUGCUACAGCCAGAUUAUCGGCGUCGGAUAAGAAUUGAAGAGGUUCUGCACCACGCCUGGAUGACGGUAGGGUACGAUGAACAUAUCCAUCGCCUGCCUACACUUCCCCAUAUCAUACCGGCGCCACCACAGGAAUCCGUGGUUCACUACAUGAUAAACACAUACAAUUUUUCAGAAUCGGACGUUAUCGAAGCCCUCGAAGAAAGAAAGGUCAACUCCAUAGCAGCCACGUACAACCUAUUGUUGUGCAAGUUUGAAAGUGGAAUUCAUUUAGUUGGACUGUCUGUAGAGUCUCCCAGGCAGGAUCAACAUUGUCCAUCCCGAAGUGACAGUUUAACAAGCAAGGGAAGUUUUCUAGAAAAGGGAAGAUUACCCGCUGAGUUAAAUACCCCUAUGAUAAAUCCGACAUCAUACAGGAGAUAUGUGCAAUUUCUACAAGAGACGAGACAUAGGACGCUUAGUCGACAGCAAAAUGAAUCGUUUUUGUUUCAAAGACAGAAAAUUAUAGCUUCUAUAAAGCCAGAAAGCCGAAUUGGCUUAAAAGAAGGUUCCAAUGGUAAAUAUAAUAGUUACAACGUGCCAUAUUCUGCCCCGACAUAUGAGCAACUGUAUGCAUGGGGAUCAGAUAGAGGUGGCAAGCAUGACGACCUAACAAGAAAGUCGUUUGAACUGCACGACGAUACAUUGAAGGAAUCAAAAUCAAAUGACCAGACAAUACUGCCUCUUGUGGAUACUGAUAAAAACAGGACGAAAAAUCUUACGGUUCAGAAGUCAAUGGUACGGCAACAAUCUAUUAGUGAUUGUAGUGAUAUACUAGAGGACUCAAACAAGAACUUCCCCGCCAAAACCUCAAAACCAUCUCCUACAGGUAAAAUUGUACCACCCGGGAGAAGUCAUCCAAAUGGGAAAAAGAAAUCACCACAGCGUUCUAUAUCAGAACCUAAUACCAGAGAUACCGAUAGUCUAUCACUAGUGCUAACCGAACCCUGCGCAGACGAUGCCUGGGGUCCUGUUCAAAGACAUAAAGCUAAAUUAGUGAAAGGCGUAACUCUCACACUUUCGAGGAGUAAGACAAUAUUUGGCAGUUCUAUAUCAUCUCAAAAGCUUCUUACUCCCAGGGAUCAGCGGAUUCUAGGUGACGCUCAAAUCGUUGGCAAGGAACAGAAUUCAGAGUCUGGUCGUAUCAUGGUUGAACGAUCAGCAUCGACCCGUCACUACCGUCAAACGUACGUAACUGAUUAUCAAAAGCCGAAGACAGCGACUGGAUUAAAGAACAGAUUUCCGGAAGUUGUAAAUCCCGCAAAUGUCAGAGCGAAAUCAGACUUAGGAAUGUAUCCAAAGACUGAAGAGAGUCCCCAUUUACCCGAGGUGGUGGAUUUAACAAACUGUGAUGUUCCUGUGUGCCCUCCAUCACCCGUAGAAAGACUGAUUGUGGACGAUGAAGCACCGAUGAUACGAAUUCGAAUUACCAGUUGUAUGAAACAAUGAACUACUUUGACAAAGAUGUGCAAUAAUAUUAUAGUAGACAGUGUAUUGAUUAAACAACUGUAUGAAUGUUGUAUCAAACAAUGUGCUGCGAUACUAUUCUUCCAGAGGAUAUAACUGAUAUGAGAGUCUUUAGAGGGAACACAAUUUGUAUGCAAUAGUCUUAAUAAAACUCAGUUAUCGCUGUGAAACAUCCA